AUGACAGAUGGUAACGAAGUUGAAAUCUCAUCAGAAGAUGAAAAUGCUGCACUACCUUUAAUUGGAGUAGAGCAAAUUCCCCUGAAUGAGGAAAACAUAGAUUAUAACGAAGUUGAAACUUCUUCUGAAGAUGAAAAUGCUGCACUACCAUUAAAUCCAGUACAGCAAAUUCCACUCAAUGAAGAAAACAUAGAUUAUGACCAAAACGAAUAUGUAAAUGAAAUUGAGAACAGCGAUUCUAAUGAUAGUGUUUUUUCAUUUGUGUUAAGAMCUGGAAGAAAGGGAGCAGUUGUAUCUAACGAACCUAUUGUGAAUGAAGGAAAUGAACGUGAUUUUUUUGUUCCUGAAGAUUUGGCGUUAGAAAUGUGGCAGGAAGGAGUUCUGAAUAAUGAAGUAGUUUGUGUCGUGUGUAGAGAUAGUUUAAGAACACACGCACUAAUACCUUGUGGUCACAAAGUACUUUGUGAAGAAUGCGUCAACCAGCUACUUGAUAAACGUUGUCCCAUUUGCAAUACUGAUUAUACUUUAGCUAUUCGCAUCUGGGAAUAG